AUGGCGACCACGUACACCAAACCUAUACUAGCCACUAGAAUAGGGACACAGGCUGAUUUCUCCGUACCAUAUGGCCAUCGGACCGUCUUCGGGGAGCUCAUGACAGAGUUUGACAGCACAAAUGUACCUUACUAUCAAACCGUACACCAAGUUAGAGGUAUACGACCACCCUCAAGACCGCUGUCACAGUUCGAGGGCAAAUGA